UGUUCUGUUAACAAAAUUCCUAAGGAUGUCAUUUACAUCCGCUUUUAAUUUUUAUAAAGUUCCAUAUGACUCCGAUGUAGAGCCAAUUGAGCAGUAUGGAAGUACUUACAUACAGAUGCUUGCGGAGGAUUUUAAGGAGGAUGGGUUUGAUGAGCCUAAUUUAGUGACAUAUUUGGGGAAGGAUCCAGUGGGUAAUUCAGUUGUUUUGAUUGUUCCAUCGAUUUCUGCUCGUAUUUGUGAGAACCAUGAAGAUGCAUUACGGCUCAUGGUCAAGAAGAUGGAUCGUCACUGUUCAUCGAAAUAUUCUUUGAUAGUAUGUCAAACAUGCACUACUUGGUCUGAUUACAACUCCUAUAACUUCGUGAACCAGUGGUACGACAUGCUUCCUAAGGCUUCUAAGAAGAACCUGGUUAAGGUGUAUCUUGUACAUUCUGCUUAUACAACUAAGACGGCUCUUACAUGUGUUUCACCAUUUGCUGGCUUGCGUGUUUGGGAGAAGUUGGAGUUUGUGGACCAGUUGGGUGAAUUGUUGAAGCGUAUAAAGUUGGACACCAAGAACAUGCUUCGCAACUUUCCAUAUGCAGUACAGCGUGCCGAGGAGAUUGCUUUAGGUAUAUCGACACCUCUUUCGGUGUUUGGUACUGAAAUGUGGAUUUUAGCGCAACGUGUUGGUCGUCCUUUUAAGGGAUUCCCUCUCAUUCCGCCAGUAGUUUCUCAUGUUCUGGAGAAAUUGAUAUCUUCGGAUGUGAUCGACACUCCUAAUUUACUCAAUAUCCAAUGCACUCCCGAUGUUCUGUACACUGCUGUAGAUAAUCUUGAGAAUUACGGUGAGGGUUGUAAGAUUGAGUCUGCCGAAGCGGCGGUAGCGUUAUUCAAACUGAUAAUCGAUAGUCACGUUGGUGGUUUGAUCGGGCCAUCUGGUUACAUUACGUUCAAGAAUGCGCUUUUACAAGGCAACACUGAUGAUGAGUUGGUGAAGAUGAUUGCUAAGGUGAUUAGUGAAUUUUCCAGUAUUCAGAAGGACUGUAUUCUAUGUGUCAUAAAGACACUACGCGCUAUAGCUCGUCGUGCAUCUAAGAAUCAUAUGACAGUUCGUGCUAUAUCUAAAAUUCUUGCUGGUUCAUUUUUUAGGCCACUUUCUCCGGAUACAUAUUGCUCUAAGGUGAUGUCGUCUGGUGAGAUGGUUCUGGGUACUAUGAUAGAGAAGCCAGAUAUAUUUUUCAAGCGUUCUCAACCAGCUGAAGAGCAGGCAUCUGUUCGUUCCAAACAUGAUAAGCGUUCUGAUAACGCUAAAUCAUCAUCUGGUCCACCGUUAAGUAAAUCACCUUCUAUGCGUGCUCGUGAGGAGAUACAGCGAGUGAAACAGCGCAGGGAGGCUCAGAAGGAUGGCAGUGCUAAGCCUGAUGUGCCUUCACCUCGACCCAUUCACCCUUCUAUGGAUGAUGAGGAGCCUGAGGAUAUCACUGAGAUUGAGGAGUGAGGCUGUGUACCCUAUUUUCGCCAUCCUUUA